CAUAACACAGUGUGGUUCACGCUUCUUCUUUCCAAUUCACGUUUCAUUUGUUUCCUCCAGCCGAGAAUCGCCGGAAACCCAAACACCGUGGUUCACUCACUUCCUCCACCAAGCACCAGCUCGCCGGAAUCACUUCCUCCAGCAGCUCACUCUUCCUCUCGCCUCUUGUCAUCAAAUAAGGUAAGGUAAGCCAUAGCUCGAAGCUUUUGUUCCGAACUUCAAAACCUCACUCAUGGCACUCUCUAACACCACCCAAAUUCGAACCUUCAAUCCCCUCAACCCUAAAAAACCAACACACCCUUUUCCUUCUUCCCAUCUUUCCUUCUCUUUUCCCUCUCACUUCACUUCCAAAUCCCUCAUCGCCACCAGCAACACUAACAUGUUCCGACCUCAUUCCGGCGACUUUGAACUCUCUACUUUAACAGCUUUAUCUCCAUUAGACGGUCGUUAUCGUCAAAAAGUUCAAGAAUUAGCUCCUUUCAUGAGUGAAUAUGGUCUUAAUUACUUUAGGGUCAUUGUUGAGAUUAAAUGGUUGCUGAAGCUUUCUGAAAUUAAUGAAGUCACCGAGGUUCCUGCCUUUAGUGAAGAUGCCAAGUCUUUCUUAAAAGGUUUGAUUGAUGACUUUAGUGAAGAUGAUGUUAAGGAGAUUAAAAAAUUUGAGAGGAUUACGAAUCAUGAUGUUAAAGCUGUGGAGUAUUUCUUGAAACAGAAGUGCCAAUCAAAUGCUGAAAUUGCCAAGGUGCUUGAGUUUUUCCACUUUGCUUGCACAUCCGAGGAUAUAAAUAACCUUGCUCAUGCUUUGAUGCUGAAAGAAGCAAUGAAUGCUGUUAUGUUUCCUGUCAUGGAUAAAAUAAUCAAAGCUUUGUGUACAAUGGCCAAAGACAAUGCCGAUGUUCCUAUGCUUUCUCGCACUCAUGGCCAGCCAGCUUCACCAACAACUUUGGGGAAGGAAAUAGCAAUAUUUGCUGUGAGGCUAAGCAGAGAAAGGAUGGAACUAUCUCAGGUUGAGAUUUUGGGGAAGUUUGCCGGUGCAGUUGGAAAUUACAAUGCACAUCUUGCUGCAUAUCCUGAUGUUAACUGGCCUUGCAUUGCACAAGAGUUUGUACAGUCUCUUGGAUUAGGUUUUAAUCCUUAUGUUGCUCAGAUUGAAACCCAUGACUACAUGGCAAAGAUUUUUCAUUCAUUCAUUCAAUUCAACAAUAUACUAAUCGACUUUGACAGAGACGUAUGGGGCUAUAUAUCUUUGGGCUACUUUAAGCAGACCACUAAGGCUGGGGAGAUCGGGUCUUCAACUAUGCCUCACAAAGUGAAUCCCAUUGAUUUUGAGAACAGCGAAGGCAACUUAGGUGUGGCUAAUGGAGGUUUUUCUCAUCUAAGCAUGAAGUUGCCGAUUUCACGUUGGCAGAGGGAUUUGACUGAUUCAACUGUCUUAAGGAACAUGGGUGUAAAUUUUGGUCACUCUCUUCUUGCAUAUAAAAGCACACUUCAAGGAAUUGGGAAGCUUCAGGUCAACGAAUCUCGCUUAAGCGAAGACUUGGACCAGUGCUGGGAGGUGCUUGCUGAACCAAUCCAGACGGUUAUGCGGAGAUACGGUGUUCCCGAGCCUUAUGAGAAGUUAAAAGAGCUAACAAGAGGAAAAGCAAUUACCAAAGAGAGCAUAAGAGACUUCAUCGAAGGCUUAGAUAUUCCACAAGAUGCAAAGGCCUAUCUCUUAAAGUUAACGCCACACACUUACGUUGGAUCAGCCGUUGAGUUGGCCAGAACUGUAGAACAUGAAGUGAAUAAUAUUUUGAACGGAGUAAUCUCAUAAACAAGUAGUUGAAACUUGAAUCAGUUCUAUUGAGAUUUUGAUUAAUUAGUGAGAGACUACUUUGCUGACAAAUGACAAUGCAAUUUUGUGACCUGAUACUCACCAUCGAUGAUCAUCAGUCGGUAAACGAACCUUCAGAUAAGUUGUUUCAUUUAUGAAAAAGGGCAUGAUUCGGUGAUUAUGAAAAACCAUAGUGAUGUAGAAUGAUAUUCAGGAUUUAAGUUUUGACUGAUAGGUAAAUUGUAUUGUUGUCGAGUUUGUUGCAAUUCGGAAGUGUUGGACCUUAAUAAGAGCAUAGGUCUGAUAAUUCAAACAAUCCAGCUAUGGAUUGACUCCAAAAUAACAGAAUUUCUGAAAUCUAUUUUCCAAAUAUCUAAAUGCAUUAGGAAAAUUUCAUUUCUCUUUUCAUA